AUGAUUGGUUUUACUGGGUACUCCUACAGGACAUGGAAAUCCAAGAAAGGUGAAGUAGGACAGGCAGUCAGGCUUGCUUUGCAGUAUGGGUACCGACAUAUUGAUUAUGCACAUGUUUAUCAAAAUGAAGACGAAAUAGGGGAGAGUCUUACUGAGGUGUUUAAAGAAGGAAAAGUGAAACGUGAAGGUAUCUUCAUUACAUCAAAGCUCUGGUAAAUAAUAAGUUUCUAAACUUUCACUAUUUGUUCAAUGGGUGGAUAUCAUUAUCGGCUGGAUAAAUCUUUAUCUGGUGGAUGGUGCAAUAUGUUUUGUAAACACUUAUCUGCUGGAUAACAAUUUAUCAGUCAGGUAGAGUUAUCCAUCCUUUGAACAACUGGGCUCUGAUGUUUAUUUCUGAUAUGCGCUGUAAGUAGCUGUAAUGUUUGGCAAGGCAUAUGGUAAUGUUGCAUGAAUUUGAUGGUUUUGAUUUUUGUCAUGGAUAUUAGUUAUCUUAGAGUGCUGUUUAUGCUUCUUAAAGCUUUCACAAAUAACCCAUGGGUAAGAUUUCACUAUUGUAGACAUGGUGUGACACAGUUCAUUAGAUUAAAUGCUUGAUUUAAAGGAAUAACUUCCAAGAAAUAGUAUUAUGACUUUUACUGGUUUAUACUGCAGUUUUAUCUUGAUUAUUUUGUUUAAAAAUUAGGUGCAAUAGUCAGGCACCUGAGGAUGUUUUACCAGCAUGUGAGAUAACGCUGAAAAAUCUGCAGUUGAAGUAUUUGGAUUUGUAUCUUGUAAGUAUAAAACUUAUCCAGACUAUGCUUUCCCCCCUGUCAUUUUUCUUGGUAAAGUUUUUUUAAAAUCUUCAUGUAUAAUGCUAUGAGGGAUUUUCCUUCUAAAUGCUAAUUUCUACCAGACUCAGUAGAGAUCUACAUGUAUCUAUCUUUAUUUAUCUCAAUAUGAAAUGUUAGUCUGGUCUCAAAAUUGUAAGAUUUUAUUGAAUCAAUCCCUAACCCAGUGGAACAAGCCCUUGAGCAUUUCUGAAGAGGCACCCCCUUUAAUAUUCCAGUGUUAAUUUCAACAAUUUUUCAAUAGAUCCACAUCCCCCUUGCUUUCAAAAAAGAUGUCCCUUUUCCUCACUCCAAGGCAGAAGGGGUGAUAGGUUACUCACCCGAAGGCAUGGCCAAGACUUGGCAGGUAAGGCUACUCAUAAUAGUAUAAGUGUGUUGGUAUCAUUACUAACAAUGCUUUGAUUUGAUCAAGUUUGGCUGAACUGAAAAUAUAAACUAUAUGAUCCCACCUACACUGUAAUAGGAGUGAUAUCCUUUAUUUGUGAGUGCAUGUGUGUGUGCAACAUUGAGCUUUCUCUUACAUCGUAUGAGAAGGACAUGUCUCUAGAAGAUUCUCUUGUUAAAGCACAACUUUCUUCACUUUAAUCACACAACAGCAUUAUAGGAUUUAAACACAGUAAGGAUCUAAGUGACAAUAUUACAACACCACAACUAUCUGGUACCCUAUGCUCCAGGCAUUCUGCAAAAAACCCAAGCAGGAGUUGAUAUUAAACCUUUAACUCCCCAAUCAAAUUUGUAAUUCUUGUUACUGUCAACCACACAAUUCUUAUCAUGUUUGUUCAGAAAAUUUAGUAUUGGAUCAACUAAUCAUCUCCAAAUGGAUAUUUAAUUUUCUCUAUAAUUUCUUAUUGUUUAUCUGGUUGAUAUUUUAUUAAUAUAUAUAGAGGAGAAAUUAUGUCUUGGUCACUCUUGGGAGUUAAAGGUUUAGCCUUUAACCCCAAGAGUGAGUAGCAGCUAAUUUCUCUGUCCAGUGUAACUGCUAAAUCAAACUGCAAGGUCAUAAGUAUAAAACCAACUAUGCAUGGGAGCUCUGGACUGUUGAUAAAAUUCUCCUCAUAAGCACCAGAGUAAAUGUAUAAAGAACAGUAUGGAGAAUUUGUAUUCUGAUGUCAGGGUGUAAAGGGUUAUAUAUAAAACCAACUAUGCAUGGGAGCUCUGGACUGUUGAUAAAAUUCUCCUCAUAAGCACCAGGGGAAAUGUAUAAAGAACAGUAUGGAGAAUAUGUAUUCUGAUGUGAGGGUGUAGAGGGUUAUAGAGCACAGCCACUUUGGUCAGAACCAGUACUGUCAGUUCUCAGGACUGGUCCAUUUUAUAUUCAGAUGGUAGAGCCUUUAUAACCUUUGAAGGAGGAGAUGUACAAAGUUGUAGCCUUGUGGAAUUUGAUGAAAAUAACAUGCUUUGGCCAGUAAUAUAAUGUAAUAAAUGUUUUUCCUUUCUACCACUUAAAAGGCAAUGGAGCAGCUGGUGGACAAAGGUCUCUGUAAAGCUAUUGGCAUCUCAAAUUUUACAAUUAAGAAGACAAAAACUCUUUUGGAAACUGCCAGAAUAGUUCCAGCUUGUAAUCAAGGUAUGCUGGUGUUUGAUAUUUUUUUAUUUGCCUGUUUUUUAAGAUUAAAUUACAUUUAUUUUCUCAUUUGUAUGAUGGAGGUUUGGCUGGGCAGUUUUUGUUCAAGGAAGAAUUCAUCCCUAAUAACAGAUAUAACUUUCUCAAUUCAAGGCAAAUGAAAUCUCUGUUUCUAAUUAGUGUCAUUCUCUCUCUAAAUUGUUAUCUUCAAUGAGUUCCCCCUCUACCCCCCUAUAAUCAAUAUUACAGCAAGUUGCAAGCUUGUUAAUCAUAGAUGUACAUUUUUUCAAAGUUUGUGACUCUUCUGUCAGAUGUGCAAAAUUCAGUUUGUUCAGUUAAUUACUAUCAUUGCAACUGCCUUUAAAAUUAAGUUUGGAGGUUUAACAGAAAGUGUACAGUAAUUUUCUAUUUUUUUUUUUCAAUAUGUGUUGGGAAUUCAAGAAUACAAUCUUUUGUACAAGAUGGGUGGUGUCUGCCUUAUUUUUCAUGCAUCUUAUGUACUUUGCCCAAAAUUUGAUUUUUCCCUUCUGUGAUUUGUCUAACAGUGGAAUUACAUCCAUAUUUACCUCAGCCACAACUAUUGAAGUUUAGUGCUGACAAAGGUUAGUUCAUAACUGAAUGCAUUAAGUCUAUUUGAUGACUUGUGAUUACCUUUUCUUGAACUUCAAAGACAGAAAAGCUGAUUUCCUGAUCUCUAACCUCAUUACAAUUUAAACAUAGUGCACUGUUGGUAUAGUGAAAUAUCUUGGAAAAUUGAUAAGCAGACAAACAAGAACAUAAGGGCAUUAAAGUUUUUCAAAAUUAUCUUACAUGUAAGUGUGAACAAAUAUGUGGCAUUCUUCCUGUGUUGUGCUGGCACUGUUCACAUAGGAAUGGAGGCUCCUCUGAUCAUUUGGCUUUCAGGGAUGAUUGUUUGAGUGUAUAAAAUAUUGGGCCUUAGUUAACAGUUAUUCACCAAAGUUGAAGUGAAUAUUGUUGAAUUAUCCCCAAGACGAAGUUGAAGGGAUUAUUCAACAAUAUUUAUCAAGCCUGAAGUGAAUAAUUGGUUUAGUAUAAUUGCUUAGGUGCUUUUGAGUUCUGUUGAAACUUUUUUGCUGUUGAAACCAUUCUGUUACAAUUUUUUUUUUGAUUACUUGUAUUGAGAAAAGAAGCCAGUUUCCACUCGAAUUUAACAGGUUUACUAAAUUCAAUCAGUGAAAACUUCAUAUCUUUCUUUGGAAAAGUAUUUUGCCAAACUCAGUAGCAUCUUUUGUGCUCUUCAAAAUUGUAUUUUUUCUGUUGCUUUAGUCACUUCCUCAGUAAAAGGCGAGGCAGCCAUUUUGAAAUUUAGCCUUCUCCCCGCCACUAUUCCCCUACUAUAAUCACCUCGCGUAAGGUAAUUAUAGCGUUAUAUGAUGCAAUCAAUGACUAAUCAAAGUGUGCGCAUCUCAAUAAUCUCCAGAGCACAGAUUGUCCUGAAUUUAGCCUGCCACAAAUUAUAAAUAUUAAUGUAUCAUGUUCACUGUUUUGUAUCAUUUGUAUACUACUGUUACAAAUACUUUAUAGAUUGCUGUACAGUGAGUCUCCAAUUCUUCCAGUUUCCCUCUGGAUACUGAUAUGUUAUUUGGUACGAUUAGGAAAAUUGUUUAUGCAUUUUAGGCAUUGUUGUGACGGCAUACUCUCCUCUGGGCUCUCCUGAUCGUCCUUUUGCCAACAAAGAUUCUGAACCUGUGAUACUGCAAAAUCCUGUGUUGAAGAAAAUCGCUGAAAAACAUGGCACCACUUCUGCUUUGGUGAGUUUGCCUCUUCUCCUGCUGUUCACAAGUAUAAUCUAUAGAACUCUACUUUGCUGUGGCUUAUGGAUAAUUGGCCCAAUUAUUCAGUAUCAUAAACCUUAAUCUCUCAAAUGUGAUUAAAAUAGAACUUCUCCUUACACUUUUAACACAUUUUCUACCAAAUUCUUGGUUUUUGAUUCUCUGGAAAAAUUGACGAAGAAAUUCAUUUUAUUAGAUCGCUCUAGCCUUUUGAAUAUGUUUUAUUUGAAUAUUAUAACGUGAAGGGUUUUCUGAGAUGUUCUAAUCCAAAGAAAAACAAGAGCUGGCAUGAAGCAGAGCAUUAUAGUGUGAGGUGUAUAAGUUUUUAAGCUAUUUUAAAGCUUUUUUUGUGUGGGGGGGGGGGCUUUUUUUGGGAUUUUAGACUUAAAAGUUCUUAUCUUUAUUUGUUUGGAAUUUGUCCUCCCAAAAGCCGUCUCUGAAAACCACAUCAAAGAGAACCUUGAAGCACUUCAUGUAAACUUAGAUGAGGAUGACAUGAAAGCGAUUGAGAAUAUUGGAAUACGCCACCGUUAUCUCAUGCAGGCGUGGAUGUUCCAGCCGGAGGAAGUUCCUGAGAAUUACUGGAAUGGUGAAGAAUGA